AUGAUGGCACAGGUCGUUGAAGAGGACGAAGUUUCGAACCCGUUGCUCAUCAAGGCACAAUAUAUUGAGCCACAUGGUCUGUUAAUACGGGGAAAUUUGGUACUGGCAUUUCUCAAUCUAUCAAGGAAUAGCAUCACGCAACAAGGACUGAUCGCCCUCCUCAACGCGGUAACAUUUCAAAACCAACGCCUCAAGGACACGUCCAAGAUGAACGGAACAGGAUUGAUGAAAGUGUUCAUUCGCGGAAAUCUGUUUGAUGAGCAAUGUGAACCCAUGCAACAGUUGGCUGAGAUUAUGUCAGCUCGAGACCCACUGCAAACAAGUGGAGAACAGAACGAGGUUGAUGGAUCGCAGGUUGACGGCGCACCAGAAAGCUGAGGCUAUAUUCAAGGGAAGAUGCAACAUUACUCAGAAAUCCAUCGCAAACCACAAAGGCGCUAGGAAGUGAUGACUGCAGCCGACAAGCCACUGAGUGCCCCAUACCCCAUU